AUGCACUCAAUCGCGCCAACCACCAUCGUCGACGACGUCGCCGACAACGCAGAGGAGCAGGUUGACGCGUCAAACAAUGCUACUGAGCAAGAAACUCUUGAUGCUUCCGAAUCUAUUCCUUCAACGGCCCCCGAAACUGCUGAAGGCCGACCAUCAAAGAAACUUCCAGCUGCUGACGACGUACACCUACCUUUCGCGCGUGUUCAAAGAAUAAUCAAGGCGGACAAAAAAAUAGGCAUAGUCGCGAAAGACGCGACACAACUUAUAGCGUUCGCUACGGAGGAAUUCAUUAAACGGAUUACCCAGACAGCUCGCCGAAAGGCAACAGGCUCGACGAUCAUGUAUCACGACCUGACAUCGGCAGCUCGGGAGGACGAGUUCCGCUUCCUCGAAGAAAUAUUUGAAUGGUUACCCCUGGUGCUAGAGCAGGAGAGAGAACUUCAGCGGCAGAAGAUGCAAAAGAAGCCCAAACCGAAGAAGAAAACAGGCGAUGAGCCACCAGAGCCCAACGAAGACUCGGUGCCAGCACCCCCGGUGAUUCAUAAUUCAGACGGUACCAUGACGUACGCAGAGGACGGCCCAGGAGAUUCUGAAGAAGAAAUGACAUGA